GCUUGGUGUUUGAUCCCUACGACUGAUCCAGUAUGUCUGGGCACGAGUCGAGGGAUGGUAAUAGGUCCAGUGGAGAUAGUCGACGACGAGAUGAUCGGGAAGAUGAGGAACGACGGGAUGAGGAGCGUCGGAGAUACAGAGCACCAACGCGCUUCGUUUGUCGAGAACCGGGGCACGAUGCCAAUCAGUGCCCAGAAAGAAAUCGUCGUCGUUACUCCGAUAGGCCAUCGUCGUCGGUGGACUCCAGAGGAGGACGAUCCCCACGCCGACGGGAUUAUUACAGAAGGCAGCGAUCGCCAUCGAAAGACACAGGCGAAAUCAGAAGCACUAUUGCCGAACUCGGCAGAUCCACCCCUGAAGGAGCUGAUCAAGAAAGGUAAAAAGAAGGUGACGUAUGCCUCUGCUGGCGGCUCGACGAAAGAAGUGGAUGUGGAGGAUGAGGGUGAUACCAGUGUGACACAGGAACUGGGAUUGGCAACUGAAAGGUUGUGCCUAUCGGACAAACGGAAGAGGGGACCGGAGACUGUUUUCGACUUUGGUCCGCCUAUGGAGCUUCAGCCGAAGCGCACUCCUAAGCGAGGUAACUUGAAACCAACGAAGCUUUCUACGAGGCUGACUCGGUCGAAGACGAAGGCUAAGACACCGGGAUCUAUCAAGAGGAGGAGUCCAGUGAAGACUCCGCUGACUGCAAGACUCAAGAAGAAGACCCCCAAGAAGACGCCGGAGGUGGCUACACCAGCGACCAGAGGAGUGUUACGACGCUUGAGGUUCCAGGAUGCUGUGAUGAAGGAACUGAAGGAUUUGGAUGCGACCGAGCUUCAACGGGUGUGUAAGGACGAAGGAGUCUCAUACGACGGGAAAAUUGACGCAAUUUUCGCGAUCGCUGAGCAUCGUACACGUGAAAGAUUUGGAUUGGAUGUUGACGAAGCUCCCGAGAUCAUCGAAGUUGCCGACUCUGUGACUGGAGGAGGAGACAAGAAUGCACAGCAGGAGGGCUGAUGUGGUUGGGAGAGUCCGAUCCUGUGGGACCUCUGUAGAUUUUUUACUAAGCUGCGGUGUCAAUCCAGUUUGAUUGACAGUCGUGUUGAAGACGUCUUACGCCUGAUCGUACUGCGACUAGCCUUGGAAGGUUGCCUAAAAGUUGACACUUCAACUUGGUGUCGGUCUCGUGUUUGGCUGAUCGUUUGAAUGAAGUCAACAGUCGCUU